AUGCCGGCAGCGCGAAUUAUUAGACGGUUAUUUAGUCCUCGUACUGUUAAUUUUAGUGCUUGUUGCCAUAGAAAUGUGUCAAAAAUACAAGUUCGUCAAAGUGGUACCGUAGGUGCAAAAUCGAAUUUAUAUCUUCCAGUCGUUUUGAAGGCACGAAAUCUAGGCUUAGGACCUACAUCGAAAGAUUUUGAGGACCCAGCUCAAUUUACCGGACCACUGACAAAAGCACACGCAACAGAACUUGUUCUUCAUAUGAACAAUGACGAGAGGAAUUUAUUAUACACAGCGUUACAAGAAUACGAAUCAAAUCGAGUUAAAGAGGAAUUCGAAGAUAAACUGGCUGGUCUAAGAUGGAGAAGCAAAUUUGGCAGACCUAGUAGUGUACCUAGUUUGGGUGACGUCGAUCCCACGGGCACCUAUUGUCCUGUUCCCGAAGACUGGUUGAAGAAAAAAUAUGCUUCAACAGUGCCAAAGCCAACAACUAAAGAGCUUUUGCAUUUAGCAUUAUCGAAUGCGAUACCAUUCAUAGGUUUUGGAUUUUUGGAUAACUUCAUAAUGAUAAUUGCUGGCGAUAGAAUAGAGAGCAGCAUGAGCGCGUACAUAACGCUGUCGACGAUGGCGGCGGCGGCGCUGGGCAACACGUUCAGCGACGUGAUCGGCAUCGGCUCCUCGUACUACGUGGAGCGCGCCGCGGCGCUCAUCGGCCUCGGCGCGCCCGCGCUCGCGCCCGUGCAGCUCGACAUGCCCGUCACCAGGCGGGUCACUAACAUGGGUCGAGUGAUCGGCAUCACAAUAGGUUGCUUCCUGGGCAUGAUACCCUUACUCUUCAAGAGCGACGACAAGGAAUCCACCAAACCGGACAGCCCCGAUAAAAAAGCGAAAAUAAAACCACCAAUCCGCGCUUGGUCCAUUAUCACCCUCCAAUCCGCACUGCGUCCAUUAUCACCAAUCCGCGCUGGGUCCGUUAUCAUCCACCAAUACGCGCUGAGUCCGUUAUCACCCACCAAUCCGCGCUGGGUCCAUUAUCACCCACCAAUCUGCGCUGGGUCCAUUAUCACCCACCAAUUCGCGCUGGGUCCGUUAUCAUCCACUAAUCCGCACUGGGUCCAUUAUAACCCACCGAUCCGCGCUGGGUCCAUUAUCACCCACCAAUCCGCGCUGGGUCCGUUAUCACCCACCAAUCCGACUGGGUCCAUUAUCACCCACCAAUGCGCGCUGGGUCGGUUAACACCCACCAAUCCGACUGGGUCCAUUAUCACCCACCAAUCCGCGCUGGGUCCGUUAUCACCCACCAAGCACCAGUAUUUUGAUUCAUGA